AUGAAAGCCCUUGUAUAUCAAGGUAACGGCCAGUGUGCCCUGGAGGAUCGACCGGUGCCCAAAAUUCAAGAUCCGACGGACGCCAUCGUGAAAGUGAUCUACACGACAAUUUGCGGAACCGACACGCACAUCCUGCAUGGAGAUGUACCAACCUGUAAACCGGGUCGCAUCCUGGGGCAUGAAGGUGUUGGUGAGGUGUACGAACCGGGCUCAGCUGUCUCGCGUUUCAAAAAGGGAGAUCGAGUAUUGAUCAAUUGCAUCUCGAGCUGCGCAACAUGCAAAUAUUGUCGUAAAGGGUGUUACAGUCAUUGUGUUAAAGGGGGCUGGAUCCUGGGUCACACAGUGGACGGAACUCAGGCUGAAUAUGUCAGGAUACCGUUGGCGGACAGCGGUCUUCACCAUGUUCCGAAGGGUGUCGAUGAGAAGAGCCUUGUGAUGCUAAGUGAUAUUCUCCCUACAGGCCUCGAGUGUGGGGUUUUGAAUGGCAAGGUGCAGCCUGGUUCGACGGUGGCCAUUAUUGGUGUUGGACCAGUUGGGCUCGCUGCACUCAUGACUGCAAAACUUUAUUCACCAAGUCUCAUUAUCGCGAUUGACCGGGAUCCCAACCGAUUGAAAGUGGCGAAGAAGUUGGGUGCAGAUCACACGGUCAACAUCAGUGAAGCGUCUGCCGAGGAAGCUGUCAUGGGCCUCACAGAUCAGACUGGCUGCGACACAGUCAUCGAAGCAGUGGGAUAUCCAGAAACGCUCGAAUUGGCACAAGAUCUCCUGGCCCCAACAGCCGUACUCGCCAAUGUCGGUGUCCAUGGCAAGAGUUGCAAGUUGAAGAUCGAGAAGCUCUGGGGCCACAAUAUCUCCCUGACGACAAGGCUGGUAGACACAAUCACUACCCCACUCCUUCUAAAGCUGUUGGCAUCCGGCAAGAUUGAUCCCAGUCCACUCAUCACUCACUCUUUCUCCUUCUCGGACAUGGAAAAGGCAUACACGACUUUCAAAGCAGCAGCACAGCAUGAUGCAUUGAAAAUGUUGAUCUCGAUGUGA